UUUUUUAAAUUCAAUCUCACAACAAGAUGAUUCUCGAGCUUGUGGUUUUUCGUUUUCCCCUUCUCCUCCUCUCGAUUUGGACGGGAAGGUGCUUGGCAGCCGCAGCGGCCGACAGUAAGAAGCCCGAUGAACAUGAAAGCACUACGGCUGCUGGGUCAACAACAUCCUCCAAUUCGUGGUGGCCCUUCGAACGGCCGCAGUUCGUGCAAAAGGCGAUGGAGCGGUACCCUCAUGUUGCCCCGAUGCGCAACAUCAUCGGCAGCGAUCCCGAUCCGUUUCAGUGCCCCGGCACCGCGUGGAGGGCCCGGGCCUUUCACGCGAAAUGUCGACUGAGCAUCACAAUCUCUCCGGCCGACUUCUCGGAGGCCAAGCUCGGAGGGUGCAGGGCGGUUGCGGAGGAGAUCCUGAGUCGCGUGCAUCCGGCGACUGAUCAGGACCGAGCAUGGAAGGAUCCGCACAACCUCGGCAAGUACGAGUUUGCAGACGACGAAGCGAAAACGGAAUUCAUCGGUACCUUCAACGAUCCUGCCGACCAGAAGUUGCAGCCCUUGACGGCAAAACCGUGGGUGAUGCGGUUGAAGCGAACGACAAAUUUGCACGAUAAAACCGGCGGGAGGCUUGCGGAUGCCAAGCAGUACACAGACAAGAUCAAUCUUGUCUUUGUCAGCCAUGGCGUUGGUACGGAUUACUGCACAAUCUCGGGCUGCUCCGAAUCCCAAGUAUUUUCCAUCCUAGAUCAGUCAACGAACUACUGCAACCUGCGAAAUCUGGUCUGUUACGCAUGUUUGCAAAAGUACCGCGAAAGCUCGUAGGGAAGUGAUGGUGCUGGUUUUACUGACAGUAAGGCAGAAGGCAACUACAACAAUGAACCUGACAUCAGGCUUUGACGUAAUUAUAAGCAACGAAUGAUGUAUACUAAAAUGGAAACGAUGCUGUUGAUGCGCAAAACUGGCAUGCUGCACCUCCUGUGUAGUUGGGCUACUACGUAAGAUUGUAUGCAGUACAGAAAUUGGAAUAAUUGAAAAAAUACAUACGACUACGGUACUUUUUUGAAUGAUAUCUGUGGCGAAAAGGACAAGUGUCCUUAUGUGAAGCAUUCCUUCAGCAACAUCGAUUGGGGAUUGGACGAGGAGGGCAAAGAAAGCUGCACGCAACACGAUGCGACGAUGUGCAUUUCAGGUAGAACAACCGAUGCAUAGUGUGAUGUGGAAACUCUAAUUUAAUCGGAGAUAGAAGUUUUUUUUUUUCCGGAUACCUACAGAAGAUCUUGAGAUGAGAAGUCUGAAAAAUGUUCGUUUGUGUUAUGCUUAUGUAAAUUGCAAAAAAAAUGCAUCUUCAGGCAAGUAUUUGGAGGAGCUGGAGGGGGAUCAUCAUCAUUCAAACUCAAAGACGUAUCCUGUGCAAAAGUAUCGUACUCGUAGGAAAAAUUGCAGUCAUGCAUUACAAAUGCAAAUCUUUUCCUCAAAGCAAAUCCGCAUUACAAAUUUUAUUUCUCAUGCUAAGGAAAUAAUUUGUAAUGCAUUUAUACGACGAGUGCGAUACUUCUGCAAUUUAUAAGGAGGCCGACGCAGCAAGAUCACUGGAGGAACAGGUGAUAGGGGAGGGCACACACGACGACGACGAGGUGGACCAACACCAAGUUGCGGCGAAGCAGGAAGAUGAAAAAGAAGCCCGCGAUGAAGAACCAGCAGGCGAUGAUCAUGAUGGAAAUACACAACAUCAACAUGCACCAGCGCCAACCGAUGAUGGAGACAAGGGAGUAGAUCCGGAUCAGGAGCAGGAGGCCCAAGCGGAAUCAAAGUCGGAAAGGAAGAGAAGGAAAAAGGCGGAAAAAAAGGCCGCGGCGGGGAAAAGCCAGCACUCGAAGAGUCGCAGAAGCAAGCACCGAAAGCACAAGAAAGAGAACAAGCAGGAUGACAAGCAACAAGGAGAACCCGAGACCACCACCUCUUCCAGUACCCUCGAGCUGCUUGACGACGGUUCCUCGCACUACAUCCCAGAUGGAGCCGCCGAUGAGGAGGUACAACCACAUGAAAACGAGCAAGACCCAACUCCCCUGUCGGACGAGCCACCAGCAGCCUUCAAGCAAGUGAGGAGCGGGGAGAAAGACGAGGAGGAGGACGGCGGGAAGGACUCGGAUUUGGAGUUUCUCGAGUGAGGAACGGCAUGUGACUCGCAAGCGAAGGGCUUUGCAACUGAAUUUGAAUUUGUGCUCCACCGGCUUCUGUUGUUAUCAUGGAGUUUGCUUCGAAAGCGAAACGCACACUCGUGUUUUUUUCAAAUUCAACUUGAAAAAGUAAUUACUCCCCGGAGAGAU